AUGUCUACAUCAACUGGUCUCAAUAUAAUUCAUUUUACUAACAAAUUGUCACAAUAUUCUAGCAUUACUUUAUUUGUUGUUGGAACUAUUGGAAAUCUUCUCAAUAUUCUUGUAUUCAUUUCUCUGAAACUAUUUCGAAAUAAUCAAUGUGCAUUCUAUUUCACUGUUGAAUCUAUUUCAAAUAUUUUUCUCAUUACGAAUUCAUUAGCUAUUUAUCUGCUGGCAUCAAUGGGUAAUUAUGAUGUUGCAAUUUUGUCUAUACUCUGGUGUAAACUUCGAUCAAUUCUUUUUGUAUCUUGUACAGUAAUUACACUUUACACAAUCUGUUUCUCUGCUAUAGAUCAAUAUCUUUCAACUAGUCAUCUUUUCUUUCUUAGACAACUUUCAACUAUUAAACUAGCACGUUGUCUCACUAUCAUUAUUGUCAUUAUCUCAUUAUUACAUACAAUACCUUUUGUUAUUCUUCUUGAUAUUCAACAAGGUGUUUGCACUGUAUUCCAUCCACAAAUGGUAAACUAUAUUUCAUAUAUUUACUAUCCUGUUUUAAUUGGUUUUCUACCCAUGACAAUUACGUUGAUAUUCAGUUUAUUAGCAUAUCAAAAUGUUCGACGAAUUGUUCGACGACAAAUUCCAGUGGUUCGCCGUCGACUUGACCAACAGUUAACAGCAAUGGUACUUAUUCGUAUCAUUAUCUUUCUGAUUUUAACUUUGCCAUUCACAUGUCUUCAAAUGUAUACAUAUCUUACAAAGAUUACUCCAUCAUCAAACUCUUAUGCUUUUGCUAUUGAGAACUUAGUGUCAUCCAUUGUCACUACACUUUUGAAUUUGAACUAUGCAAUAUCAUUCUAUAUGUUUUGCAUAGCAUUUCGACGAUUUCGUCGACAAGUAAAGCAUGUUUUGAUUAAGAAAUAUUGGCGCCGAUGUAAACUUUGGUGUUUUUCUGGUAAAAAUCAAGUAGAGCCACAACCAGUCAUGAAUAUAAAUUCAACUGAUUCUAGUGGAAUUAUUGAAUAA